AUGAGUGGUGCAGCUACCGUGGUCAUCAACGGUGAAGAUAAGGGCAACGACGACGGUAGGCUGACGGGCGACUUCACUUUUGUCAGUGCAGACGACGUCUCGGCCAGUCUCUUGGGUUUCCUCUCACCCCCCUCGGCCACUCUGCCGUCCGCCAGAGGUCUCUGCCCUAGUUCAGCCGCGCUGCCCGUCACACCUACGCUCGAGCGAUCGACAACGGCC